AUGGCUGUGACGGAGGUGACGUCAGCAGAGGCGUUCAAUGCCUCGGCCAAGGAAGGGGCGCCAGUGGCCGUGCAUUUCUGGGCGGCAUGGUGCGAGCCCUGCAAGCACAUGGACGUGGUGUUCGGGCAAUUGGCAGCUGAAAACCCCCACGCCAAGUUCCUGAGGGUGGAGGCAGAGGAGGUGCCGGAUCUUUCCGAGAAAUACUCGGUGUCGGCCGUACCCUUCUUCCUCUUCCUCAAGGAUGGCAAGGUGGUGGACAGGCUAGAGGGAGCCAACCCCCCCGAGCUAGCACACAAGGUCGCUCUGCACAUCGCUGCACCCUCUUCUGCCACCAACUUCAGUGUCGGCAGCUCUGCUGCUGCUGAAGUCAUCGAAUCGGUUCUCCACUCCGCUCGCACCGCCGCCUAUCCUGCUGCUGCUCCUCCUGCUUCCUCACCUGCUGCUGCUGUUGCUCAGCCAGAGCAGCCGUCCCGAAUGAUCGCCCUGCCUGCAGGUUCGGACAAGCCGAAGCUGUCCCCGGACCUGAAGGCUCGGAUCGAGGCUCUCCUGGCCUCCCACUCGGUGCUACUGUUCAUGAAAGGCUCCCCUAGCGCCCCCAGAUGCGGCUUCUCCUCUAAGGUUGUGUCUGUGCUGGAAAAGGACUUAGGCUCUGCGGCGGCUGGUGCGUAUGGGUCGUUCGAUAUUCUCCAGGAUGAGGAGGUUCGGCAGGGUUUGAAGGUGUAUAGUGACUGGCCGACGUUCCCGCAGGUGUAUUGCAAGGGGGAGUUGGUUGGGGGGUGUGAUAUCGUGCUGCAGAUGCACGAGAGUGGGGAGCUGAAAGAGGUGUUUGCUGAAAAAGGGGUGCUGGGAGGGGCGGCGAAAGAAGAUGCACCAGGAGCAGUGGCGGCAGCAGCAGCAGCGGAUGGGGAGGCUGAUGGGGCGAAGGGGUUGCAAGAGCGACUGAAGGCGCUCCUCUCGUCUUCGCCUACCAUGCUGUUCAUGAAGGGCACACCGGAGGAGCCGCGGUGUGGGUUCAGCCGCAAGGUGGUGGGCGCACUCCAGUCAGAAGGCAUUCCCUUCGGCAGUUUUGACAUUCUCACAGAUGAAGCUGUGAGGCAGGGGUUGAAGGAGCUCUCCAAUUGGCCCACGUACCCCCAGGUGUACCACAAGGGCGAGCUGAUUGGUGGAUGCGAUAUUGUGCUUGAAAUGAAGGCCAAUGGGGAGCUCAAGGCAGAGCUUGGAGGGUGA